AACUCCGAUGACACAGAUUUACUUCCAUAUUGUUCAUUUGUUUUUAAUUGUUCAUCUUUUAUUUUGUGUUCAAAUAAAUUCUCAAUCAAUCAAUCAAUGCUAAAUAACAAAAAAAGGACACGUAAGGUUACAAAUCUAUCAAAUAAACCCUAGUAACCUGUCUGAUAGACACAGAAGCAGCCAAGUCCCUCCUCUCACAGGAUGUAACCUGCACCAAACUUCCUGAAACUUUUCCUGCUUCUGAAAACCAAACAGUGAAGGACCAGCAGGCAUGGCAGCUCUCCUCCGCAGACUAGCAGGGCCCCGGUGCUCCGCGAGGCGCUGGCUCGGUGUCAUUCUGCAGAAAACGCACGGCCAGACGUCCCCCCGGAGCCCCCCGGACGGCCCGCGGCUCCUGGCCGGCUGCGGUCGCCCUCUGACGGCGUACAGUCGCGCACACAGCCGCAGGCAGCAGCACACAGAGGCGGCCGGUCCGCUGGAGGUGGAUCUAAAGCGGUUAGAGGGGGAAGACGAUGGGAUAGUGGAGGUGCUGAUGUGCCGACACAAGGCAAGAAAUGCUCUGGGCCAUGUGUUUGUGUCACAGAUGAGGGAGCUGGUGUCCAGUCUGUCCAGUGACUCGGCUGUCCGUGUGCUUGUCUUCAGGAGUUUGGUGCCAGGUGUUUUCUGUGCAGGUGCAGACCUGAAAGAGAGAGCGCUGAUGAACAACACGGAGUCUGAUCUGUUUGUCCACGGCCUGAGAUCCCUCAUGACUCAGAUAGCAUUGUUGCCCAUGCCGACCAUCGCAGCGAUGGAUGGCGUUGCCCUGGGAGGCGGGCUGGAGUUGGCCAUGGCCUGUGACCUCCGCACUGCCGCAUAUUCUGCACAGAUGGGUCUGAUUGAGACGACACGCGGGCUGCUCCCAGGCGCUGGAGGCAGUCAGAGGCUGCCGCGGAUGGUUGGAGUCGCUCUGGCCAAAGAGCUCAUCUUCACAGGUGGAUGUGUGACAGGGCAGACAGCUCUGGAGAUGGGUCUGGUAAACAGAGCUGCAGAACAGAACCAGACAGGAGAAGCUGCCCACAGAGCAGCUCUGAGCCCUGGCCAGAGAGAUACUGCCCCCAGGGCUCCUCUCGCUGUGCGGAUGGCAAAAGAAGCGAUGAACAGAGGCGUCGAGGUCGACAUGAGUUCAGCAAUGGCGAUAGAAAGAAUGUGUUAUGCUCGGGUCAUCCCGUCACGGGACAGACAGGAGGGAAUGGCUGCCUUCAUAGAGAAGAGACCCCCGCGCUACACUGGGGAAUAAACUCUAUUGGAUCUCUCUCACACAGAAACCUGAACCUCUCCAUAACCCCGUGUCUGACAAUCAACACCUAUUGAUUCUGUUUGUGCGUCCCAGCCAGUAUCGAUACUCUGGUCCAGCUCAGCACGACUGUUUGCUUUUGUGACGUUCAAGGUGAUGAACGGAGAUCAUUUGAUCAAAACUAUGGCAAAUAAAAGUAGAUUUAUACUAGGGAUGCACGAUAUUGGAUUUUUUGCCGAUAUCUGAUAUAGGUCUGGGCGAUAUGGCCCUAAAAGAACAUCACGAUAUUUCAGGCUAUUUUUGCAAUAACGAUAUUCUUGACGAUAUUAGGAAAUACUUAAAAAGAUAUAGAAAACAUGAUUUUUUUUUUAUCAGCGUGUUUGCCAAUGUCCGAUUCAUUUUUAACCCUUUAUCAGGUGAAGAACUAUAUUUGGUAACUUCAGUGGAUAUCAAAAUGGGGUCCCCAUGUCUCUCUGUGAGGUCAUAGAACCACAUGAAUUUGUAAUAUUUAGAGAAAAAAGUUGCAAAUUUACUAGAUUAAAGUGGCAAAUCUACAAGAAAAAAGUCGCAG